AAUAAUAUCAAAAUGUGCUACAUGUGAUCACUCAACUUAUUUCAACACGCGGUAAUGUUUGUAAACAACUGUUGAUAGAAAUUUGGAAUCAAGAAGAAUUACGCAUUGUGAUCUGGGGCAGAAUAAUCGCAAAGUGUUGAAAACAUCACAGUGGAGGAGAUACUCAAAGGAAAAACCUCUACGUGAUUUAAAAUCCAUUUGUCGCCAUUAUGAUUGUAGUUGAAAUAAUGGAACAAGGAAAUAUAAAGCCUAUAGACAGAACCAGUGUUCAUAAAAUAUGUUCUGGACAAGUAGUUUUGACUCUGGCAACUGCUGUAAAAGAACUUGUUGAAAAUAGCAUUGAUGCAGGAGCAACAGUUAUUGAUGUCAAACUUGAAGAUUAUGGCAGUAAGCUAAUUGAAGUUAGUGAUAAUGGGAAAGGAGUUAAAUCACAAGAUUUUCAGAGUCUAACGCUCAAACAUCAUACGUCAAAAAUAGCUGAUUUUUCAGAUCUUCCUUUUGUUUCUACCUUUGGAUUUCGUGGGGAAGCUUUAAGCUCUCUAUGUGCAUUGAGUGACCUUGAAGUAACUACUCGUAAUGCUGAGACUGAAGUUGGCACAAAUCUUAAAUUUGAUCAUAAUGGAAAACUCGUUAAAGCAUCGCCAGCUGCACGCCAGAUUGGAACAACUGUGAUUCUUAGAAAAAUAUUUUCCACUUAUCCUGUUCGUCAUAAAGAAUUCACUAAAAAUGUUCGAAGGGAAUUUACAAAAAUGAUACAGCUACUUACAGCAUAUUGCUUGAUUAGCAUAAAUAAGAAAAUUACUUGUACUAACUGUUCUGAAAAAGGAAGGAAGAAUGUUGUGUUAGCUACUCAUAAUUCUAAAAGCUCUAAAGAGAAUAUUGUUUCUUUAUUUGGAGAUAAGCAGAUGAAACAAAUUAUGGAAAUCAAGCAACGUGAACUUUCUGAUGAGGUACUAAAAGAAUAUUUUCUUCCUGAAUCAUCAAUUGAGAAAAGUAAAAUAUUUAAGCUAGAAGGCUUCAUAUCAAAUAGUACUCAUGGUGAAGGAAGAAGCUCGUCUGACAGACAGUUUUAUUUCAUUUCUGGAAGACCAUGUGAUUUGCCUAAAGUUUCAAAAUUGAUCAAUGAAGUUUAUCAUUCAUUCAAUAAACAUCAGUAUCCUUUUGUUUUGAUGAACGUUAGCUUAGUUGAAGCAUUUGCUGAUGUCAAUGUUACACCUGAUAAACGGCAGAUUUUUAUUCCUGAUGAAAAAGUGCUACUUGCUCUAGUAAAGUCUACACUCUUAGGAAUGUAUGGAUCUCAACCUGCUCAAAUCACAAUGUCACCUCUGACAUUUAUACCAGUUAAGAAAGAUUCAGAAGACACUUCACCAGAAUCACCAGUUACAACCAUUAAAACUCCAAAAGCAUCAGCCAUUGAAAAUUCUUUAAAAAGAAAAUUUCAUGUUCCUACCAUUGAAAGUGAUGAAGAUGAAGAUCCAUUAACACCUCGUGUAUUUAAAAGUCAGAAAUUAGAUGUUAAUCAUAAUAAUCCUGAAUCAGAAUCCACUGAUGCAGAAUCUACACCAUCCUGUAGUCAAAGCGCUUCUCAUGAGUCAUUAUCUUCAAGUCAAACUUCAAGUUCAAAUAAUUUAUCUUCUCAAGACAGUAUUCAAAACUCUUUGGAAAACUCGGCAAGACUAAACACCAUUGUGAAUUUUACAUUAACAUUGCCUUUCAAUGAGGACAAAGUAUUCAAAAAACUGUCUCCAAGAAAGACUGGUAAAGAUAAAUUGAGAGCCAUUUUUGACAAAGCCAGAAAAGACUCUUCUCUAAGUUCAGACUUUGAUUCUUUCAGACAAAGACGUAACUUUAAAAAAUCUCACGUAAAUGAAAAAAUAGUGAAUUAUUUGGACAAAGAAUGCACAUAUAUUGAAGUUCAAGCUCCAGAGCUCAUUUCAUCUUGUUCUGAAGAAACUGAACAAUCAAGUUUAAAAUGUGAUGACACAAACUCUGAAAGUAAAAAAGAACAGCGAUUAGAAAGUGAUUUAACAUUUGAUGAACCUUCAUUGAGGAAGAAGAAAUAUCGAACUAUAUUUUUCCAUAUGAAUAUGCUCACUCAGAAAAAUAUUUCUACAAAUAAUGAAGAAAGUGAAAACAGUUGUGCAUUUCGAAAAUUUCGCUCUAAGAUUCAACCUAAUGAUAACCAAAAAGCUGAGGAAGAACUUAAAAAAGAAAUUAGCAAAGAUAGUUUUUCUAAAAUGGAUAUUAUCGGACAAUUUAAUCUAGGUUUCAUCAUCACACGCUUGCUAGAUGAUCUCUUCAUAAUUGAUCAGCAUGCCACUGAUGAAAAGUAUAAUUUUGAACAGCUUCAAAAAGAAACCAUUUUAGAAACACAGCAAUUAUUUCAACCUCAACCUUUGAAUCUGUCUGCUGUAUCUGAAGCUAUUUUACUGGAUAACCUAAAUGUUUUUGAAAAGAAUGGGUUUAAAUUUGAAAUAAAUGAAGAAAAUCCAACAGGGGAAAAAGUACAAAUGGUAUCUGUACCAGUUAGUCAGAGUUGGAAAUUUGGAAAAGAAGAUGUUGAUGAAUUGAUAUUUAUGCUUACGGAUAAUCCAAUUCGAAUGGUUCGUCCUUCUCGUGUCAAUCAAAUGUUUGCAUCUAGAGCUUGCAGGAAAUCAGUCAUGAUUGGAACUGCACUAACUUCAGCAAUGAUGAAAAAACUUGUCACACAUAUGGGAGAAAUUGAACAACCAUGGAAUUGUCCUCAUGGUAGACCAACAAUGAGACAUUUAUUUAAUUUAAGACUUUUAAAUCCAUUGUAAUUUUUAAAAAAAUCUGUCUGUUACACAAUUUUAUUUCUUGUAGAUUAUCAUUUUGUAAAAAUCAUCGACUUUUAAUAAAAGAUUAUAAUUAUCUUUUUAAGUAUUUUAUUGUUUCUGUGAUUUCAUCAAUGCUCUCUAGCGGUUUUAUGAGUGAACAUGAUGUCUUACAUCACAUUGAUUAACUGAUUAUUUCUUGACUUUUCUUCACUUCCAUCCUGGAGGCGAAUCUGCAAAAGACGAAAACAUUACAGUUUAUAACUUGAAAUUGCUUAUUUCCAUAUUUUUCUUCUUUUCAAGGUGGUUUACUUCUUAUGAUAUGCCCCUCUUAAUUCCUCUUUU